GGUAUAGACAAAGGGCCUUCUGACGGUGACAAGGUAAGUACCGCCUCGCCGGUGAGUACAUUGAGGGGUGCACGUGGGCGCGUUGUUAGUCGGCCUGCGAUAUGAUCCCAGUACAUACGUAACUUGCCUUAUACAGACAACGUGCACCACUGGCAAGCGCCACUGCGCGAGGUUGCUGUGCACUCCGUUCCCCCUACACGCUUCGGCUUUUCACGUCGUCCCUUUGCAAGCCAUGCCCAACCGCUCAGAGUAUCAGCCGCUUUCUCAAGGUGCUGAAGACGAAGAAGAGACGGAUGUCGCAGAGGGUCUUUCCCCCGCCCCGGCGCCGCCACGGCAGCGCCGGCCUGGACACAUUGACCUCAGCAAGCUAGACACCGCGUUCAAGAGAUGGACGGAGUCCAUUGCUCAGAAGGUCAAGCGCAAGAAGAAGGUCGAGGACAACUCGCGAAAGGAGAUCUUUCAUAGCGUCUUCGAGCCCCUCGUGGUCGCAUACGACGUUGAUACAGGACUUGUGAAGACGCUGGACCAUAAGCCACCCAUGACGAGGGAAGACUUCGACAGACUCGUGCAAACAGUGAAGGAAGCCAUUGCGGAUGGCGUUCACCCCAAGAUGAUUACGAAGGGUUCUUCAGGCUCGUACUUUGCGCGGGCAAAGGUUGACGGCAAGGUCCAGACGGUUGCUGUUUUCAAACCCAAGGACGAGGAGCCAUACGGACGUCUCAAUCCGAAGACCACCAAGUGGCUGCAUAGACAGUUCAAGUGGAUCAUACCAUUUGGUCGUGCAUGUCUUAUUCCCAAUCUCAGUUACAUCUCUGAGGCAGCUGCAUCGCUACUAGAUGAGAGGCUGGACCUAUACAUUGUACCCAGAACGCAAUUGGUUUCCUUGUCCAGCCCUACGUUCUUUUACGACUGGUUAGAUCGACAAGCUACGAAGAAGGGCAAACCAUUACCGGAGAAGAUCGGGAGUAUGCAAUACUUCCUGCAUGGCUUCACAGAUGCAUCCGACUUCCUUCGAAAACACCCUUGGCCGGGGCGGGCCAUUUCCGACACAUUCGAUGAUUCAAAUCACCGGAAAGGGAGCUGGUCAAAGAAGCUCUUGUCGACAUUGAAGAUCGUCUGCGGUAGGACACAAGACGAGGAAGAUAUGUAUGACGAAGACGACCGGGAAGACGAGCGGUAUUUAUUUGAUGCGUCGGAGAGCCGCACCAACGAGCCGUUCCAUUGGACGCCUGCGUUGCAAGAUAGUUUCCGGGAAGAGCUCGAAAAGCUCGUCAUCUUGGACUACCUUAUGCUCAACACUGACCGCGGCGCCGACAACUACAUGAUCAGGUAUUGUGACGGCGAACAGGGAAAGUCCCUAGUGGACGUUGCACCUUCCCGCAACCUCGAGAUGCCGCAAAUGACCGAGCUCCGGCGGACGGACUCCGGGCGGAGCACACCGCAGAUGUGUCCUGGCGCGCCACCUGCUUACUCGCGGGCAACGUCGACGAACGGGCAACCAUACACGCGACAACCGCAUAUACACAUUGCUGCGAUUGACAACUCGCUCUCGUUCCCUCAUGAACAUCCGAAGGGGUGGCGGUCAUAUACGUACGGGUGGUUGUAUCUGCCCGUCAGCAUUAUUGGCCGGCCGUUCAGCCAGAAGACAAGAGACCAUUUCUUGCCAUUAUUGACGUCCAAGGCGUGGUGGACGGAGACGACGUACCAACUGCGGAAGCUCUUCGCUGUGGAUCCUGACUUCCACCCCAAGAUGUUCAAUCGACAACUGGCGGUUGUGAAGGGGCAGGCAUGGAACAUCGUGCAGGCUUUAAGACACGCGGACGAAGGGCCCCUCGAGCUGACACGGCGGCAGAAGGUCUUGGUCUGGGAUGACGAAGUCGAUGUAACAGAGGAGAUGCUCCCCGACCUCGCCGAAGCAGCGUUGCCGUCGUCACCACGGCGGCAGCCACAAUCACCGCACGCAUCCGUCAUCACGAUGCCCGUGCAGAAACACGCUCGCAGCCAUAGCUCCUCUGACUUCCCGCCGCCCAUGCGCCGCGUCUCAUCCGAGAACUCUGGCGUCUCGCGCCCCGUACCGUUCGCGAAGAAGUUCACGCGUGUGCAUCCUGCGACGACGGGGGUGACGGUGCUAGAGCAUAUGGAACGACUGGAUGCAGUGGAGGCUGGUCUCAAGCGCAUCGGCGUGGAGGACGAGGCACUAGAUGAAGACGAGGAGGUCGAUGUGGGCGAGAUGUCGAGCUCUGUGCCGGCGCGGCCGUCGAAUGCGGAAGCGGAGGGGGCAGGUGCUGACGCUCUGUCGCCGUCAGCGCCAUCCGAGCGACUGCCAGCGGUGCCAGAGGACGUACUCAGUGCGUCAAUGACAGAGGAGGAUUUGGUCUCGAUGUCAAAGUCGCUGCCACAGCUGGACAUCUCAGCCGGUGCUCGACACGGCCGCUGGCCUAGCAUGGGUAAUCGUGUGCCGGAACAGCCGAGCUUGGACUGGAUAGACUCUGCCGAGAGUCCAAAGCCACGCACGGUCAUUGUUGAGCGGCUGGAGACGGUCAAUACCAGACCGUACUUCGAUUGCUGGUAGUCCCUGCUUAGGCUCCGUCGGAUCGUUCGUACUCAUAUUGCUUUCACUUUCUACGCUACUCGCUUUCAAAUGCACGGAAUCUUCAUGUAUGUAUAUUAGCACAUCUGGACUAAACCGUACAAUACCAUAGAUUGAGGAUUAUA